CUGAGUUGUUAUAACCGUAAAGCGGUUAUACUGCACGUCUGUUGUAUAGCUUUGGUAUUGUUGUUGGUUUUUUUUUUGUUUGUUGUUUAUUGCUUACACCGUAACCGCAUUAGCUCCUUUAUACAGCAACGAUUUGUUGUUAAACUGCAAAUUGAGUUGAUGUUGUUGUUGGUGGCGUUGUAUGUGCAUGCUUAUACAUGCAUGUGUAUCUUUUAGUUGUUUAUUUAGUUUUUUUUUUGCAAUAAAAUUAGAAGAAAUCAAGAAAAAAACAAAUAAAAUUUUAUUGAAUUAGUGUUAAUGGUAUUAGAUCAUUGAAUUGGAAUUGUUGUUUAAGUUAAGAGCGUGAGUGUGUGUGUGUAUGUUAAAAGGCUUAAAUGAGCAAUAAAAACCAAUAAGUCAAACAAAUCAAUGAAUUUUAAUCACUCUUAUCAUUAUUAUUAUUAUUGAAAUAACGGUUUAUUUCAAUUGCCUAAACGUCAACAACCUACACAAUGAGGACGUCUAACUACCGACGGCUUUUGUGUAAUUAAACUUCUAAUGCUAAUGUGAUAAAAAUAUUUAAAUAAAAACUGUUUUAAAUUAAAAAAAAAACUUAAAUUAAAAAAAAAAUUACAAAAAAUUUCAAAAAUAUCCUUUAAAAAAAGUGUCUAAAUUUUGUGUAACUUUCAUACAUGCCAUAACAUGCACCCGGACUUUAGUCUGGUGUUGCAAAAGUGUGCUUCAAAUUUAAGUUUAAAGCAUAAACAACCCGUAUUAUUUAGCGCCUACAUUAACGGUAAAACUAUGGCUAAUACCGCUUCAGAAAUAACCAAUAAUUCUUCAGAGGAUACUGAAGACCUGGUGCGCAUAGUAAGUGAUGAAGAGGAUGAAGCUGAGGCAGAGGAGAACUUCCCAUUACAACAUGUCCAGCCAGAGGAGGAUGAUAAUAUUAGUUUGUGCAGUGAACUUUCGGUGGGUAAGGAAAAUCCUGGAGAGGAGCCUGCCGCCAGUGUUGGAGAGGAUGAGGAGAUUUUGGAUAUUAGUGAUACUCACUCGAAUUCUUCCAAUGAGGAAAUGCAACAUUCUCCCUCGGUUUCUUCUCAAGAAACGGGCAUAAAUCCUUUUGCUUUGGCCCAUAACUUAAGAUUUCCGGUGCCUUUUGGUCUGCAGCCUAAUGCCGCCACUACAGCGGCAAAUAUUUCUCCUUUUCAAGAGGAGUUUCUAAGGAAAUCUCAUCUUUAUGCAGAGGAACUAAUGAAACAUCAAAUGCAAUUAAUGGCUGCCGCUCGAGCCAGUGCCUUUACGCUGCGUUCCCAAAGCCUAACACAACUGCAUCAUACACAUCAAAUUUCGCCAACACCCAAUCUAGUGCAUCAUCUUAAUCCUUUAGCUAAAAUAGGACAAUUAAGUGCAGCAGCUGCUGCUGCUCUCUCAGCGGCCGCUCAACAAAAUCAUAAACCUUUAAAUCAUACACAACAUACCCAUCAUAUGCUGCAACAACAACAACAACAGCAGCAGCAUCAACACCUGCAUCAGCAAUAUGAUACCUUGGCCAAAUUAACCGAUCUAAGUAAACAACAUUCUCCAGCCUCUACUACCAGUACCCAACACAUGAUGUCCACACUCAAUCAAUUGCAGACCCAAAUGCAGGCUCAUUUACCCGGUCUGCUGCAUGACAAUAAUGAUAAUCUUCAUGAAAGGGCUUUAAAAUUUAGCAUAGACAAUAUACUUAAAGCAGAUUUUGGUCGCUCUAAUAGUCUGGACUCACCGCCUCAAAUAAGAAAAAGUGGUCAACAUAAAUCACACUCACAAAGGCAUAACCGUCUUAACACUACUUCGUCCUCCUCCUCAUCUGUAGCCUCCAAUAGCGCCCAUACAGUGUUAACUGACUCACUGGAUCAUACGACCCAAUCGUUGGUACAUAAUAUAUCGCCCUCGACACAAACAUUUUCCACUUCUUUGGCCACCAUCUGUACGAAUAGCAAUGAUUCGAGUAGUACAGCUGUUAGCAGUAAUUAUAGUAGUGCUAAUGGUGCUGCUGAUUUAGUGAAAUCAUCUCCCUCUCAGACUCCUACAUUAUCACCUGGUUUUUCCACGUCUUUGGAGAAUGGCGGUAGUGGGACUAAUAAAAAUGUAAAUUCUUCGAGUAAAUCAGAGGAGAGUACAACAACAACGGCUACCUCGACUUCGGCCACGGGUACGGGGAAUGGCCCUAUAGUAUGGCCAGCUUGGGUUUAUUGUACCCGUUACAGUGAUCGUCCUAGUUCGGGCAGAAGUCCUAGAGUAAGAAAACCCAAAGCGCCAAAAUCAACUAACUCCUCAACGGCCGCAGCAGCAGCAACAGCAUCUAGUGCAGCAGGGGUCGAAAAAGCCAACUCACCCAGUUCAACAUCGUCUGCAAAUAACAACGAAGAUAAACGACCGCGUACAGCAUUUAGUGGUUCACAAUUAGCAAGACUGAAGCAUGAAUUUAAUGAAAAUCGUUAUUUAACCGAAAAACGUCGCCAACAAUUAAGCUCCGAAUUGGGCUUAAAUGAAGCUCAAAUUAAGAUUUGGUUUCAAAAUAAACGUGCCAAAUUGAAAAAGUCUAGUGGCGUUAAGAAUCCCUUGGCCCUGCAAUUAAUGGCUCAAGGUCUCUACAAUCACUCCACCAUACCUUUGACUAGAGAAGAGGAAGAACUGCAAGAGUUGCAAGAGCGAGAAAAGAACAACAGCAAUAAUAAUACAAAUAGCUUGCAACAGCAGCAACAGGCAGCAAGUGCAGUUACUUCUUAGAAUUUUUGAUGAGUGGAAAAUGGACCUAAUUUUUUGUACAAAAUAGAAUUUUUUUAAACAAAAGUGUGUGUAAAUACGAAAAAAAGUGUUGUUGUUAAUUGUGUAUAAAAAUUAAUUACUGAAAAAGUAAAAUAAUUUUGAAAUGCAAGCAAUAUUAGGAAAUAGGUAAAAAUUAAAAAUAUGUAUAUCAUUUGAUUUUUUUGCAAAGUUUAUUUUUGGCCGAUGAGGAAAAGUGAAAAUACACUCGAAAACACUUUAGUAAUAACAAAAAUUGUUUAUCUAUAAAGCAAAACAUAAAUUUAAACUAUUCAAAGAUAAUUUUUCGAUUAUUAUGCAAACACAUCAAAGUGUUAGAGAUUUUCGAGAAAUAUUGUUUUAAAAAAAUUUCAUUUUUAAAAUUUUCUAAAAUUUUCGAGUGUAUCAAAAAAACAACAAAAUCUUUGAGUUUCUAGUCGUAGUUUAAGUAUUUUAUUUUUUUUUUUUAAUUAAGAUUUUUUGAUUCAAAAUAUUGUUUAUAUUAGUUAUUUGAAAUAAAAAAAAAAGAAAUAAAUUAAAUUAUAUU